AUGUUCAGUGGAGGCUGGGGAAGAGAAACCAAAGGGAAAGCAUUGAAGACUGUUUCCCCUUCUUGUGGUGUCUACAUUUUUUACAGGGGUGAAGACAUCUUAAGCCAGAGGAAUGACUCUCUAGUUGUGGAAUUUCAGUCGUCAGCCAGCAGAUGUAGGAGCGUCUAUGAACCAGAUAGAAAUGUGUUACGGAGGAAAGAACGAGAAAGAAGAAAUCAGGAAACUCAGCAGGAUGAUGGUGCAUUUAAUUCGAGUUACUCCCUUUUCAGUGAACCCUACAAGACGAACAAGGGAGAUGAGCUCUCCAACCGGAUCCAGAAUACUUUAGGCAAUUACGAUGAAAUGAAAGACUUUUUAACUGAUAGAUCUAAUCAGAGUCAUCUCGUUGGCGUUCCCAAACCUGGGGUUCCUCAGGCUCCUGUGAACAAGAUCGAUGAACAUUUUGUUGCAGAUUCAAGAGCCCAGACCCAGCCCUCAUCUGUCUGUAGCACUGCAUCUUCCACACCAGCAGCUGUCCCCGUGCAGCAGAGUAAGAGGGGCACCAUGGGCUGGCAGAAGGCUGGGCACCCACCAUCAGAUGGCCAACAGAGAGCAACACAAGGCUCUCUCAGGACCUUGCUUGGAGAUGGUGUUGGCAGACAGCAGCCACGAGCCAAGCAAGUGUGCAAUGUAGAGGUGGGUCUUCAGACCCAGGAAAGGCCACCUGCUAUGGCAGCCAAGCACAGCAGCAGUGGACACUGUGUUCAGAACUUUCCUCCAUCCCUGGCUUCAAAACCCAGCCUGGUUCAGCAGAAACCAACUGCAUAUGUGCGGCCGAUGGACGGCCAAGAUCAGGCUCCUGAUGAGUCUCCAAAGCUUAAGUCAUCCACAGAAACCAGUGUGCACUGUACGUCAUACAGGGGAGUCCCGGCCACCAAGCCAGAGUCCACCAGAGCCAAGGCCAAGCUGUCCAAGUUCAGCAUCCCCAAGCAAGGAGAGGAGAGUAGAUCUGGAGACACAAACAGCUGUGUUGAAGAAAUAAUUCGGGAGAUGACCUGGCUCCCACCACUUUCUGCUGUUCAAGCACCUGGCAAAGUGGAACCAAGCAAAUUUCCAUUUCCAAAUAAGGACUCUCAGCUUGUUUCCUCUGGACACAAUAAUCCAAAGAAAGGUGAUGCUGAGCCAGAGAGUCCUGACAAUGGCACAUCGAAUACAUCAAUGCUAGAAGAUGACCUUAAGCUAAGUAGUGAUGAAGAGGAGAAUGAACAGCAGGCAGCCCAGAGAACUGCUCUCCACGCUCUGUCUGACAGCGCCGUGGUCCAGCAGGCCAACUGCAGAGCCUCUGUGCCUUCCAGCAAGGGCAGCAGCAGCGGCAGCAGCAGCGGCAGCAGCAGCUCCUCCAGUGACUCAGAGAGCAGCUCGGGAUCUGACUCGGAGACGGAGAGCAGUUCCAGCGAGAGUGAGGGCAGCAAGCCUCCCCACUACUCCAGCCCCGAGGCCGAACCAGCGUCCUCUAACAAGUGGCAGCUGGAUAAAUGGCUGAACAAAGUUAAUCCCCACAAGCCGCCUAUCCUGAUCCAAAAUGAAAGCCACGGGCCAGAGAGCAAUCAAUACUACACCCCGGCCAAAGACGAAGUGCAGGACUGUGGGAAACUUCCCGACGGUUGCCAAACCAGCCUGAGAGAGAAGGACCUCAAGAGCACCUGCAAGGAGGAGCAGAGGCCAAGGACAGCGAACAAGGCCCCGGGGAGCAAAGGAGUGAAGCAGAAGUCUCCACCUGCGGCCGUGGCCGUGGCUGUGACCACAGCUGCCCAGCCGCCCGCUGUACCCGGCACACCCGCCGAGAGCGCACCCGCGCCUGCGCGGAGGUCUGCGGGCAAGAAGCCCACCAGGCGCACGGAGAGGACCUCUGCCGGCGACGGUGCCAACUGCCACCGGCCCGAGGAGCCAGCAGCCGCCGACUCGCUGGGGGCAAGCGUGGUGAUUCCCCCGGAGCCCACCAAAACCAGGCCCUGCGGCAACAGCAGAACGAGCCACCGCAAGGAGCUGCGCUCCUCCGUGACGUGCGAGAAGCGCCGCACGCGGGGGCUGAGCCGCAUCGUCCCCAAAUCCAAGGAGUUCAUAGAGACAGAGUCGUCAUCUUCGUCCUCCUCCUCGGACUCAGACCUGGAAUCGGAGCAGGAGGAAUACCCUCUGUCCAAAGCGCAGGCCGUGGCCACCGCAGCCGCCGCCUCGGGGAGUGAGCAGAGACUAAAGGAGGCUGCCAACAGCAUCAGCAGCGGUGGGGGCCCCCGGGCCCCCGUAGGCUCCAUCAACGCCAGGACCACCAGUGACAUUGCCAAGGAGCUGGAGGAGCAGUUCUACACACUGGUCCCUUUCGGCCGGAAUGAACUUCUCUCCCCCUUGAAGGACAGUGAUGAGGUCAGGUCUCUCUGGGUCAAAAUUGACCUGACCCUCCUGUCCAGGAUCCCAGAACACCUGCCCCAGGAGCCGGGGGUCUUGAAUGCUCCUGCAGCCAAGGACGCUGAGAGUGCACAGCCCAGCCAUCCAUCUGACACUCCUGCCGAAAAGGCUUUGCCAAAAUCCAAGAGGAAACGCAAGUGUGACAACGAAGAUGACUACAGGGAGGUCAAGAAGGCCCAGGGAGAGAAAGAGAGCUCUUCACGACUGACUGCCUCUGCCAAUAAUACUUUAUCCACGAACCACUGCAGCAUGAACAUCAACAGCUUGGCAAUACCAAUAAAUAAAAAUGAAAAAAUGCUCCGGUCACCCAUCUCGCCCCUGUCUGAUGCAUCUAAACACAAAUACUCCAGCGAGGACUUAACUUCUUCCAGCAGAUCAAAUGGCAACGGUUUAUUCACUUCCGCCUCCUCCAACAAAAAGCAUAAGGCUGAGAACCAGCUGCAGUCUCAUGCCGGAGACCUCACAAAAGCCGCUCACAACAAUUCCGAAAACGUUCUCCACAAGUCACGGCCACAAACAGAGCCAUGGUCUCCAGGUUCCAACGGCCACAGGGACUGCAAGAGGCAGAAACUUAUCUUCGAUGAUAUGCCACGCAGUGCAGAUUAUUUUAUGCAGGAAGCUAAACGGAUGAAGCAUAAAGCAGAUGCAAUGGUGGAAAAGUUUGGAAAGGCUUUGAAUUAUGCUGAAGCAGCUUUGUCAUUUAUUGAGUGUGGAAAUGCAAUGGAACAAGGCCCAAUGGAAUCCAAAUCUCCCUAUACAAUGUAUUCGGAAACAGUAGAGCUCAUCAGGUAUGCUAUGAGACUAAAAACCCAUUCAGGCCCUAAUGCCACACCAGAAGACAAACAACUGGCUGCAUUAUGUUAUCGAUGCCUGGCUCUCCUGUACUGGCGGAUGUUUCGACUCAAAAGGGACCACGCUGUGAAGUACUCAAAAGCACUUAUCGACUAUUUCAAGAAUUCAUCUAAAGCUGCCCAAGCCCCAUCUCCAUGGGGAGCCAGUGGAAAGAGCACUGGAACCCCAUCCCCCAUGUCUCCCAACCCCUCUCCGACCAGCUCCGUGGGAUCUCAGGGGAGCCUCUCCAAUGCCAACACCCUGUCCCCUUCCACCAUCGUCAGCAUCCCACAGCGCAUCCACCAGAUGGCAGCCAACCACGUCAGCAUCACCAACAGCAUUCUCCACAGCUAUGACUACUGGGAGAUGGCGGACAACCUAGCCAAGGAAAACAGAGAAUUCUUCAACGACCUGGAUUUGCUCAUGGGGCCUGUCACCCUGCACAGCAGCAUGGAGCACCUGGUCCAAUACUCACAGCAGGGCCUGCACUGGCUGCGGAACAGCACCCACCUGUCAUAGGGAACUUGCCCCUGAGCUGGAUUGUGCUCUCAUCUCCAUGGACGGCUCAAUGUUUCUAGACACUGUGCUACUGAAAUUCCCAGCCACAGCAUUUAUCGAACUGCGGUGAAUAUUUUCUCAGCAUCGAACAAUGGUCUUUUCCCAGGGCAUGUGUGUUUGUAUGUGUGGGCGUAAAAGAAGUUGCCUGUGUAUGUGUGUAAGAUAUACAGCUCUUUAAAAUACAUUUUUGUCUAGUUUUCAUAAUCCCAAGCUAGACAAAGUGAUCAGAGGUUUCUGAUUAGAGAAUAUACACUUACACACAUGCACGCACGCACAAAAUCACACACACACACACACACACACACACACUUUCUAUAUCAAAGCUAAACCAUGACUUCUUAGAACAUUCAACCAAAAUCUCAUGGGUUAGUUAACCAGGUGCAAUACAGCACACCAAAAGCUUGACUGCCAGUUAAGAUGAACCUAGUUCUUAUACUGUUGAUUACUUUCAGUAUUAAUAUACUAUUCCCCAAUUAAUUUUUGAUUGUGUGUAUUAUGGGUAAUUGAAUAACGAAAAAAGUCAGUUAUUUUUGUGCUGGACGUUUACUAGAUUGCAUGUUACCAAAUAUCUUGCCUUUUGUCUAACACGCACCCUUCCAUCCAACUUUAUUAUCAACUAAAUGCGUUAUAAGCAAAUGGAUCAAAUCCCACAGGCCUUCCCUGCCCUGCCCCCAAAAUCAUAUGAAAAUGGCACUGGGAUUUGGUAACAACAGUGUCAUUGAAAGCUGACCAACAAGAACAGACAACUGAGCUUGGAGCUCAGUUGGGAAUUGAAACCUUCUGCACGUGGAACAGUAAGCCUGCCCAGCCCACGUGUGUUUUCUUCCUGCCACUGUGACACAGCAGCCAUAGAGCCACAUGGCAUUUGUCAGCCAAUAUGUUUCAAGUCUUUUCUUCCCACGAUAGCUUUCUUGCAAAUUUUCUUGGCCAAAUGGGACAUUACCUAGAACGUCUCUUCACUAGGAGUCUGUAUCUGCUGCUUAUCAGGCUGAGAAAUAUUUGCUAUCGUGAGACUGUCUCACCCUCUCACUCUUUGUGCAGAAUGCAGGCCUCUAAUAGCAUUUUGAUCUGGGGGGAUAUGUUUCAGGCUUUGAUUUGCAAGCUGCUUAUUGUGCGGGGUGAGUUAUUUUUGCAAUGAUCACAACCCUGUUUGGGGUAGCAACGACUGGAACAUCAUGUUUGCAUCCUGUACGUCUGGUAUGUUUACGUCUUGCCCUUGAUUCUUUUCUUUUCAAUUAAGUUUACAUUUUAGUUUUUUGACAUCUUGUUUACAGUCUUUGUAUGAAACUUACUUCUUUUAUAGUCUCUUGUCAUGCCCUAGAUUUAGUCUUCUUGUUAAAUAUAUUUGAAUAUAAAAAAUACUGGUAAGAAGAAAAACUUCUGCAAAAGAGGAUAUACCUUGCCAUGUCCUUAAAAGCAAAAAUAAUGUGCUUGAAGCCUCUCACUUGACAGAAUUGCACCAGGAUGGUCUGAGAAAGAGUCAGGUGAUGCAGUAUGUGGAACGCUCCAUUUUCCAAGGUGAUGCUGGCACAAAACAGUUAUAGUAGAUUGUGAUAUAUGCUUUCCCUGAUGCUCUUACUGCUUUGGUUGUAAUGUUAACAUUUUUGUCACCUGAUCUGUAGAUGGGAAAUAAGACUGCUGUCAUUCUAAGCACUGAUUCAAAACUGUACAAAUGAUUGAACAACUUAGGUGAUUUGAAAUGAAUUUAAAGUGAAGGGUCUGAAGUGAAAUGAAGCCAGUGAAGGGUUUGUGAAAUUUGCAUUUGGCUUUGGCCCUGAAAUGUUACCACUAUUUCUAUUUUACAUUUGUCCAACUGUGGGGCGCCUCACAUCCCUUUCACUAGCUAUUGGCAGAGUUUGCGAUCCCAUCCUAUGUUGGAAAUUUGAGUCUAACUUGGGAAAUUUUGGAUUUUUUUUUUUUUGGAGGACUAAAGCUUAGUUCUAGUUACCCUUGAUGAAUCCUGAUGAAAUGUUGAAACUCUCAAAGGGAUGAACCUCAGGGUCCAUCGUGCAUCCCCUGGGUGCUUUCUGGCCCUGCCCAUCCUCAAAGCCACAGGUCUUGUAGCGGCCCAUAACGGCUUACCCACAAAACCCCAUGUAGACCCACAGGAGGCCCCUGGCUGAUUGUGCCCACAGCAUUUUAUCAGCACUUACGUGGCCCGUGUUCCGCAAAAAAAAACACUUGGAAGUCGUCAUCUUGGAGAUGGUCAGAGCAUGCAUUUCCUCUCCCUGUCUUUGAUCUCAUCAACUGACCACGUGAGGGCAGCAGUUUUUGUUGGCUUUGGCAUAGAUGAUUUUGGUAAGGAACCAUCUUCUGACUGUUACUUGUGAAAGUCAUUCAUGACUUAUUCCUUUUAUUUAGCUUUGUUCAAAGUAGAAAUACCUUUCUUGUGUUUUUGGAUUAUAAAACUAAUACAUGCUCAUUGUAAAGAUUCAAACAAUACAGCAAUGUAGAAAGUAGAAGGUAGCAAGUCCCAUCCCUGAAAGACAACCACUGUUGACAGUCUCAUGUAUAUUUUUCCACAGAUGCUCCCAUUUAAACAUACUAUCAUUUUUUUCUCUUUGAAGACAUAUAAUUUCCUCAGAAGUUCAACAUAAGUUCGACUGACCUUAUCCUUCCAUGACCUGAGUGGAUGCCUUCCUUUAUCACAAUGUUAGAGUUACCUUUGAAAGUAACCCAAAUAUAUUCCUGAUCAAAAUUUGGGAUUUGUUACUACUCUCUACAGAGAUCAGACUUACGUGAAGGAGUGUGCCUAGAAAGUGAGGUUUGAUUAAAACAGAUAUUUCUGGAAACUUGCAGAUUGCAGACAGAAACUCGGACCCCCUAUCUAAAGAAGAAUGUACUGGAAAAAUAAUCUGAAGAGUUGACAAAUUGUGUGCUAGAUCAAACACAUGGAAUGCAAUGCAAUGAGAUUUUCUGCACUAAAACUUAUCCUAGUAUGUAAAACAAUGAUGUGUGUAUUAUAUAACAGUGAUGUGUACAUUUCUGACAUCCCAUACAUGAUAUACACAGUUUGUAUAAAUGCAUACAUUUAAAAAUAUAUAUGUACAAUACAGCUAACAUAAAACUGUAGUAUGCCUGAAGGAUAUUACUAGUGCCUAACAUUGAGUAUAAGUCGCUGCGUGUUCGCAUCACCUUGGAAGUGAAGUAAUUGUUAAAACUUAAUCAGUGCAGCCAACAUUAUUUAUGAAUCACAUCUUUGAAACUGUGCAGUAGUAUAUACAUAUAUAUUUUUAAAUAACAUUUUUCACAGUUUUCCAGAGUUACUGUUGAAACCUGUAUCACCAAAAAAAAAGCAAAACAAAAAAAAAAAAAAAAGCAAGAUUUUUUUAAUGACGUAGACACUCUUCAGACCCAGUAAUCUGUGUGUGAUUUCCUGUUUGUAGAUACCCAAGAGACUUUAGCAGUCACCAGCCUUAAUGCAUGUACAGGAUAUUAUUGUGACUUAAUUUAUCUGCAGUUUUUAAUCCAUGUGAAAUUGGAAUUUAUAAACUGACUUGGAUUAAAUAUGUCUGCCUUUCUAAGGUUGCAAAUGUUACAUUAAAUGACUUAUGUUGUAAAUGAGAGAAACCGAGUUGUAUGUAAAAAAAAAAAAAUGUCCACCAAUUUCUGUGAAUAUUUUUACAAGGAAACUUCAGAAUCAAAAUACGUUCAAAUAAGAAUUCUGGUCCCUCGUUCAUAAUCUCUUCAGAAGCAACCUUGUUGUUUCAUGAAUCUUUUAAAUGUAGCUUCCAUGGAUUUUCAUUACUAUAGGCCUGACAUUUUUCACAGUCAAGAUGGAAGCAUGUUCUCCUGCAUUAUAACUAGUUUACAACUUGUCUUUUCCAUUUCCCAGCACAUAUAUGCACACAUGCAUGUGCAGAAGAACACCCCCCAGUGUCCCAGAAAAUGCUGAAUAGAGAGCUUGAGGAGUUCAUAUUGAUGACUGCAUUGAUGCCUGUCUACCCAGUAGUCCUGGUAUACUGUUUUACCUAAUAUUCCUUAAUGACGCAAGUUAACUUCUAUGUGCCAGGUUUUUUCAACUCAGACCAACAAGGUGGAAUAAUGUUUACAAUAUUUGGUUGAGUAAAAUAGGAGAAUUUUGAACUAAUGAAGACAGAAAUAUUAGAACAGUGGCUUGCCAUUAUAUAUCUCUCUGUGUGGGAGGGUUUUUUCUUAACCUUAUUUUUACUCUUCUCCCCAAAUUUUUUCAAUCCAUUCCUUCCCAAAGAAGCAGAAACAGCAACAAAAACAGAAUGACUUUUUCACCUUACCCAGCCCCUACCCUUAGAUUCAAAUUGUCUUGUCUUGCAAGAGGACCCUAACUCGGGGCCACUAUGGAGACCACCUCAUCCCAGAAAUGGCCAGGACAGGGGACUGGCUUUGCUUGCUCCAGAGACCUUGAUACUCUUUUCAGAAGUGGUUUGGGCUAAGAAACACUCAACAGUCUUUCAGGAACUGUCUUUCUCUUACACAGUUUGCCUGCUAUUGAAGUCUAUACUAAUCAGAAUCAUAUUUUUAAGAAGUAACACAUUUUCAAUGAAACAUGGACCAACUGGAGUCUUGAAAGACAUUUUUUAAUGAAAGAAAGAAAACCUAACAACAUAAACUGCAUUUCCAACAAUUUUUCAAGCACAGUUUUCAUUAUUACAACUUCCUAACAAAUAGCACAAGAAAUGUUCAGAUUUGAGAUCUGUGUUCUCUUUGUCCAAACUGAAUUAUUCUGUAUAUGUCAUCAGAGGGGUCAAUUUGUUUGUGUGGCAUGAGGGAAAUUAUAAAACUCUGUUCUCAAACUAAUUACAUCUGACCAUAGUUUUGGUUUUUAUUAUUUAAUUGGCAUUCUGAGGCAGCAGGGGGUAAUUUGGGGCUGGCUCCAAGGGGAGUCAGCUUCACAGCUCUUCGAGUAAUGGGAAUCAGGGGAUUAAACCUCUAUGUGUUGAUUUGAAAAUCCACCUCUUAACAGCCAGUUUUAAACACAUUGAUCCGAGGGAUGAACUCAAGGUACUAACUGCAAGUCAAAACAAUCAUUGGCGUUUGUCUUGAAGCAUCAGGAAGUAAUGAUGAGGCCUGGAAAGCUGAAUCAAGGACGUGUUUUCUACUCAUUUCUGACAUAGGAAAAGCUCAUCGGAAAAUAUAUCCAAAGACAAUGUCAAAUAGUACCAGUGUUUAGGCUUUUCAAACAGUGGUGCUUGGUUAGAAAAAUAAUUACAAUAUUCUGGCUCCUGUAUUGUUCUUCAACCCUUUUUCAGUUUUCCAUAAAACAAAACUCACUUUUUCCCCAGCAUUUAUCAUCUCUUGAUUUCUAGAUGUCCAGAUGAGCAAAGAGAAAAUACUUAACACUGAGGAAUACACACUACCUGACUGAACAGCAUUCUACUCACAGUAGUCAAAGAUACAUGACUUAUAUUAAAGUCUCCUCUGUUACCCCCAUCCUACAAAAUGAGAGAUCACAAAGCCUAAAGUAUGGCCAUGUAGUUGAGAUGUCAAAAAGUCUAAGCACAUAACACACUAAUCUUUGGUGACAGACACGUUUGUGACCUCACCAGCUAUCUCUGGGGCCUAUUUGUGUGGUGAAAUAUCAAUAUUAACACUUUCCUUUGAGUAAUUUGCAACCUGAUUAUUAAUCUUCUGAAGUUCCUAGGGCUGCCAGCUCAACCCAAAAGUGUCCUGCCCUGUGAGCUGGGUUAUUUUUUUGUUCCUUUGGUUUUUUGUUUCCCUUCUAAGUUCCAUAUGUCAGGUUUAGUAUCUUGACUUUUUAGAUGAACAGUUACUAGAGACAGUGGAAGCUUUAAGAAAACAAGGAUUCAAUAUUAGAACUCAGUGAUGUUGGGAUGAGAACUCAGGAAAACACUCCCCUCCUUCACCUGCUGCACCUGAUCUUUGACUAAAGCUCCCUUGUAUACUGCAGUUUCCUCUAUGUGAAAUGUAACUCAGAACACCCACGACCUCAGACAGAGUGUGAGGAUCAACAGAUCUGGGCAAGCAUUUUGAGAUCCCCAGCUGUCACACUCAGCAAGAGUCACGCAUUGUCAGCACAGAAGCAACAGAAAUAUACUGUAUCUACAGGCACCAAGAUACAAAGGUGUGUGAUGCAGGGCAUGGGACUCUGUCCCAGCCCUGACUAGAUUCCAGAGGACCAGGAAGAUGACAGUGGGAUAACCACAGACCCUUUCAUAAGACUCUUCAGCCUUUGUCAUUACCGCUUUGAGUCCAUCCUGCCUGUAGGCAGAGCUCUAAGACCAAUGAUGGCGGCGGGGAGGGAGAGUCCUUGCCAAGAGCAGCAGGGCUACCAAGUACCCCAGUUGGUGGUGCAAUCGCCCCUCCCCUUUCUCAUCCAGUCCCAGCCUUAAGAAAUCAAGGGGUGUCCAGAUGGAAAGGGGAAGAAGGAACAUUGGGUCCAAGCUUCCAGUGUGCACCAUCUUCCAGGAGAAAACUUACUUAUUGAACACCAUGUUUCAAUAUCUUCAUAGAGCCAGAGAACACAGCACAGUCUCAUUUUCCAUACUCUCAUGGUGUUUCUUUGAGUGCCAGGAGGCUGAGUUGCCUACAUGUGCACCUUGUGCCUCUGAUUGUUUGUUUGCUUGUCUGUCUGUCUGGGGCCAGGAGGUGGAAGAUAAGCUUCUUUGGGAGGUUUAUUCCUGAGAAAGGAGAUCUGUCAUAAGGGACUUGGGUAUGUCAUGAGCUUCAGGAAAAAGGAAACCUCUCUUGAGAGAAGGUAAAUAUUUUCUCUAGUGGGUUAGGUUGCCUCAACAUAAUCACUUAAUUGUAGGCUACAUUUUAGUCAGUGUACCAGGAGAGGGAAAAAUCAACGUAAGACCUUAGUAAUUUUUGUGAUGCCCAACUAGUGACUGUAUAUUCUAGCCCCAAACAUUGAAACGAAAACUGGAAAUCUGACUAAUCUGAAUGUUUCAUACCACCGCGGUCAAGGUCCUCAAUGUUGGAUAGAAGUUUUUAGCUUUUGUCUAAUAUUUCUAUUAUUUAGACACAGGGCUUCCUUGUAUCCCCUAAAUCAGUGCUUUGAUGUAACCAAAAUAAUCAUGAAAUACCCAUUGAAAAGGGCUUUUUUUUCUUUUCGUCCCCAUUGGAAAAUCCCUAGGUUUUCUCCAGUACAAAAGAGCAAUCGCUGAAGGUCUUACAAGAUCCAUCCUCAUUUGGGCCCAAAUCGAUACUAACACCCUUUCCACAAAAGCACAACACCUUAUCCAGUGUGAAUUCUAUUUAGGUAAAAAAAAAAAAAAAAAAAAAUCUAGAAUGGCAACAUGGGGUUUAUUAGCAUGAGGAGGUGUCGAUCCACUAGCUAGGCACUUGGAUGCUAUACUGCCUUUUCUCAGGCAGGAUGUUAUGGAACAAACACUCCUACUACAGCAUAAUAAAUAGCAGCUUACUCUAUGGUUCUGUGGAAUCAAGUUGAAAGUCACUCCCAUGUAAGUUUGCCUCAGUCAGAGCAGGAAUUUUAAAUUCCACCCUUUUAUCCUGGAUCAUCUUAGAUGUUUAUUCAUGGAGUUGGCAACGCUAACUCAAUAUUCCUAUAUAGCAUGUCACAUCAAACACCGUUUCAAAUUGUGUAUCUCGGCCUUGGGAGAGCUGUCUGUCAGCAACCUGGGAACCUGCUUAUGUCCCACGAGACUUUUCCACUGAUCCAAUUUUAGCAGCUGCAAAACCAGAUUACAGGGCCUUUAUCUUCUCCUCUUACAGGAAUUGGUCUUACAACUGUUUCCAGAAUUGAAGAGGAUUUUAAGUAGGACAAUUGUGUACAGUAAUUUAUGCUGUAAAAAUGUACCCAUUGUAGCAUUGAUUAAAGUGCUGUAUUUAUAAGGUCAAAUACUAUUUUCAUUUGUGUCUAGUUAUUCAAUAUUAAAAUAGCUGAAGUUC